ACCGAUACACAUUAAGGUUAGGAAGUUCGGACCGCCUGUGCGCACAUUUCGAAGCGAGUAAACUGUGGUGAAGUGGGCUUGUUGUUUCACAUCAAAUAGAAUCGGAAGCGUUCGCUUAACUGUCUCGUCAAUAAUUCGCAGUACCAGUUUAAUUCACAAUGUUCCGUUUGCCAGUUUCGCUUGCUCGCUCCUCCAUUAGCCGCCAGUUGGCCAUGCGCGGCUAUGCCAAGGAUGUGCGUUUCGGUCCCGAGGUGCGCGCCAUGAUGCUCCAGGGCGUCGAUGUGCUGGCCGAUGCUGUGGCAGUGACCAUGGGCCCCAAGGGUCGCAAUGUGAUCAUUGAGCAGUCGUGGGGCUCGCCCAAGAUCACCAAGGACGGUGUCACGGUGGCCAAGUCCAUUGAGCUGAAGGACAAGUUCCAGAACAUUGGUGCCAAGCUGGUCCAGGAUGUGGCCAACAAUACCAACGAGGAGGCCGGUGAUGGUACCACCACGGCCACCGUUCUGGCUCGCGCCAUCGCCAAGGAGGGCUUCGAGAAGAUCUCCAAGGGCGCCAAUCCCGUCGAGAUUCGUCGCGGUGUCAUGCUGGCCGUUGAGACCGUCAAGGACAACCUGAAGUCCAUGUCGCGCCCCGUGAGCACGCCCGAGGAGAUCGCCCAGGUGGCCACCAUCUCGGCCAACGGCGAUCAGGCCAUCGGCAAUCUCAUCAGUGAGGCCAUGAAGAAGGUGGGACGCGAUGGCGUCAUCACCGUCAAGGAUGGCAAGACCCUCACCGAUGAGCUGGAGGUUAUCGAGGGCAUGAAGUUCGAUCGCGGCUACAUCUCGCCGUACUUCAUCAACUCCUCGAAGGGAGCCAAGGUGGAGUUCCAAGAUGCCCUGCUCCUGCUGUCCGAGAAGAAGAUCUCAUCGGUGCAGAGCAUCAUUCCCGCUCUGGAGCUGGCCAAUGCGCAGCGCAAGCCCCUGGUCAUCAUUGCCGAGGAUAUCGAUGGUGAGGCCCUGAGCACCCUGGUGGUGAACCGCCUCAAGAUCGGCCUGCAGGUGGCUGCCGUCAAGGCACCCGGUUUCGGCGACAACCGCAAGAGCACCCUCACCGACAUGGCCAUCGCCUCCGGCGGCAUUGUCUUUGGCGAUGAUGCUGAUCUCGUCAAGCUGGAGGACGUCAAGGUUAGCGAUUUGGGUCAGGUCGGCGAGGUGGUGAUCACCAAGGACGACACCCUGUUGCUGAAGGGCAAGGGCCAGAAGGACGAUGUGCUCCGUCGCGCCAAUCAGAUCAAGGACCAGAUCGAGGACACCACCUCCGAGUACGAGAAGGAGAAGCUGCAGGAGCGUCUGGCCCGCUUGGCCUCCGGCGUUGCCCUGCUCCGCGUUGGCGGCUCCAGCGAGGUGGAGGUCAACGAGAAGAAGGAUCGCGUCCACGAUGCCCUGAACGCCACCCGUGCUGCCGUCGAAGAGGGAAUCGUUCCCGGAGGCGGCACCGCUCUGCUGCGUUGCAUUGAGAAGCUCGAGGGUGUCGAGACCACCAACGAGGAUCAGAAACUCGGCGUGGAGAUUGUGCGUCGUGCCCUGCGCAUGCCAUGCAUGACGAUUGCCAAGAACGCCGGCGUUGAUGGCGCCAUGGUGGUGGCCAAGGUGGAGACCCAGACCGGUGACUACGGCUACGAUGCGCUGAAGGGCGAGUACGGCAACCUGAUCGAGAAGGGCAUCAUCGAUCCCACCAAGGUGGUGCGCACCGCCAUCACAGACGCCUCCGGUGUGGCCUCGCUGUUGACCACCGCCGAGGCUGUGGUCACCGAGAUCCCCAAGGAGGAUGGUGCUCCUGGCAUGCCCGGCAUGGGUGGUAUGGGCGGCAUGGGAGGCAUGGGCGGCAUGGGUGGCAUGAUGUAAGCGACUGCCACUGACUGGUCGACAGCCGGAGAGGGGCGGGAGAUGUGAUGAGAACCGAAACCAACAUACUGUUUAAGUCACGAUGUGGAACGAUGCCGCCGUGUGGCCGACGGCGAACGCAGCUCAUCAGUUAACAGUCAUCAGCAGUCGGAGCGAGACCCACCAAUAUCUCUUACAUCGGUGCAUCCAGCCGGAGACACAUCACCCACCAUUUGACACACAUUCUAAUCCUUGAUGGAACCUUGUUUUGCUUCGCAUUUAUCCUUUGGCAAGAGCAGCGCAACAUCAGCACACAAAUCCAAUCCAACCCAACCGGCUGGGUGUGCGCUCGCCCAGACUGCAGCGUUCGCUCCGCCACACGCCGUCGCCUCCAUUGUGCUCCACGUUUUUUUAACUAUUCCUUAACUCUAUUUUUUUUUACAUGUUAUAUAUGUAAAGAUACCGCUAGUUGUAAAAUAUAUUAAAUAAAUCCGAAGUUAAAUUGAGGAAAA